GACGCAGUCCUGCCCCUGUGGGCUGCCCCGGGCUCAGUCCCUCCCGCCGCGAGCCACCCAGGGCGGCGGCCUGCAGCUGCACCAGUCGCGGGACAGAUGCAAGUAGCUGGGGAGAGGGGUGUUUUUGGUCCGAUUGAGAUGUCAGGCAGGGCACAGGAGGAAAAUACAUCCGCGAGUGAGCGCUGGGCCGACAAUACCCAGAACCACCCUUUGCUGCUCGUAGGAGCGGCUGCCGGGGCCUGAUUCAGGGCCUGAUUCGCGGCACGGGGUGCCGCGAAGGUGCAGAGCCGUCCCGGCCGCGGGUCCGGGUGCGACCCCCAGCAGGAAACCCCAGUAGGCCUGCGGCCUCCCUCGGGUAGCGCCGACCCCUCUUACGAGCGGGCGACUUUCCAAAUGCUGGGAGGACGCUGCGGCUACUGUUUCCACUCCCAGCUUGUGAUUACCUCGUUAAGGGCAAGAAGACAUCCCCCCCUUUUCUAUCUUCAAAUUAUGUGUAUCUUGUUCUAAGCAAAUCCGGUUUUUCUUUUUGAAGCUUGACCCAUCUUAUCACCGUCUUCUCUGGCACUCAGUAUUUGGAGUAAUCAGGUGUUACCAGUUGCGGAGGCAGCGCAUAGCACAGCGUAGUACCUGGAACCUGACGGCACCUAGCAUGUUUCAACAGUUAGCGCCCGGAUCACCCCAAGGGAUUAAAUUUGACAUUCUUUCUCUUGAGACUCGGGUCCUGGCAGAGCUGUUGAUCCUCUCACAAGAUUCUGUCAUGUGUGUAAAGUACACUUUGGAAUCUUAAAUUUUAGAGCCGAGAGGUGCCUUAUAGAAAAUCUGUUUCAUCCCUCUCGUUUUACAGAGAAGACACCAGGCCUGAAGAGCGUGAUGUAGCUGGAGCUAGCUACACCUCUUGAUAGCUAAGACUCCAAGGCUCCAGACACCUUGGUGAUUGCACUCUCCGCCAUGCCAGGACCGCAGUGCCAGUUUACCCCACUCACCUGUAGAGAAUGUAUCCGGCGGAGGUCAUUAUAUAUACUUGGCUUGAUUCAGGUUAUGGAGAAGUCAGGCAUGGCCACUGUGUGGGUUUGAUAGUAUUUUUAGGUGAGGUAGGCCGCCUAUGGUGUAUUUUUGGAACUAAAAGCCUACACCCCCCAGCCACCCCUGAAAAUUUCAUUGCUGUUCUCUAUUAUUUGCAGCAUUGGUUACUUCCUUAUGUUAAGGCAUCAAAGUCUUCUUUAACAAUCUGGAUAUAUUUUAGUUAAGGGUAAAUCGUGAAUCCGUUAUCGGACAUCAACUCCUUAACAGGGAACAGAACACUGACGGGAUAUGACAUGGAAUAGAUUAGUUCUGAGAGCUGGCAGUCAGUGAAAUAUCAAGGUGUGGUCAGGAAGAAAACAGAAAGGAACCCACAUAACCUGCUAACACCUUUUUUUGUCCAGUCCUACCUUGAAUGUCUUAUUUGCGUGUAGUAGAGAUGGAUUCUGCUCAAGCUGGCCGCUGUUUACUGAGUACUUGCAGUGGGCCAAGUAUCAUACUAGCUGCUUUCGUAGAUGAACUUUGUGUCUUUACCAAAAAGGAGAUGGUACUGUCUUCAUGUUACAAGCCUGAGGAAACAGGCUUAUUACCUGGGCUGUGGUAAUACAGUCAUUUGCAGUAGAAUUUAAGCCUAGAUCGCUUAUCUCUCAAGUCCAAUCAGUGCUCUUUUGCAUUAUAUCUUGCUCCUGUUUCAGCCGGGAAGGGAAUGAGAGAAUCGCUUGUGGCUGAUUUAUUGGCGCCUGUGGUUGCCCAGAGAGGCCAAGCAGGACUUUCAGCUGCCCUCUAUGCCUUACAAAGUGGAGCUGUGAGCUUCCACCCUAUCUCCUGAGGGGAAUGUGAAGGAGCCAGGCUGUCUAGCUGGGGAGGAGGUGCCUUGGCCGUAAAAUAUCCUGGCCAGGGCUGUGCUGGGAAGUGUUGCAUAAUGCCCUCCCCACCACUGAACCAAAGUGAUUUAUUUGCUAUGGUCCGUAGGUGGUGCCUGACCAACUUGUCCAUUUUAGCAAUAACAGGGCCAGAAAAGAGUUGGGGGUUUUAUAUUAUUGCAGGGUUUUUCCUUGUUUUAAAAAAGCAGUGCAGGUGCUCUUAUCUUGAUAAGUUAUAAAGUGCUUCUUUCUACACCACUUCCUGUGCCCCUUUUCUGCGUAUUUAUUCCAAAUAGCAUGUGAACUUCAGUCUUUUAAGAAGAGAAAGCUAAGAAAAUAUUGCUCCAGUUUAUUAGCACAGGCUAUGGAGACAGACCUGGCUUUUUAUCUCCACUUUAUACCAUUUGCUGAUUGUGUGUCCUAAGCUUAGGAUUUUUCCUCAUUUGUAAAAUGGAAAUGAAAAUAAUACAUUAGUCAUCACAGUGAGGAUUUUAAGAGAUAGUGUAUAUAGAGCACUUAGCACAAGGCCUUGCAUAUAGUAUUUAUUAUAAUAAUAGGUUUUGAAAAUAACCAGAAUAGUAUUCUCCCUAAAAAGGAAAGAUAUUGCUACUUGAACCUGCUUAGGGAUAGAGGAGGAAGAAGAAAGUGUUUGUAACAAACAUCAGUUUCAGGAUUAUUGAUUAAAUUUAUUUAUACUUCUGGGGUUUUUUUUGUUUGUUUGUUUUUUGAGACAGAGUCUACCUCUGUCACCCAGGCUGGAGUGCAGUGGUGUAAUAUCGGCUCACUGCAGCCUCCGCCUCCUGCAUUCAAGCGAUUCUCUGGCUUCAGCCUCCCGAGUAGCUGGGAUUACAGGCGCCUGCCACCACACCUGGCUAAUUUUUGUAUUUUUAGUAGAGACAGGGUUUCGCCAUGUUGGCCAGGCGGGUCUUGAACUCCUGACCUCAAGUGAUCCGCCCACCUUGGCCUCCCAAAGUGCUGGGAUUAUAGGUGUGAGCCACUGCGCCUGGUCCAUGUUUUCUUUAUCCAUUUGACUAUCCAUGGACAUUUGAGUUUUUCCCCCUUAUUGGCAAUUCUUCUGCCUCAGCCUCCCAAGUAGCUGGGAUUACAGACGUCUGCCACCACGCCCAACUAAUUUUUGUAUUUUUAGUAGAGACAGGGUUUCACCAUAUUGGCCAGGCUGGUCUUGAACUCUGACCUCAGGUGAUCCACCCUCCUCGGCCUCCUAAAGUGCUGGGAUUAUAGGCAUUUAUUUACCCUUCUGCUUUCCCUUUGCUAGCAGGAAUUUUCUUUCUCUCUCUCUCUCUUUUUUUUUUUUUUGCUUUAUUGGGAGAAAAAGUGCUUAGAGUGUUCAGUUAUUUUUUAUAUUUUUCUAAUUCAUUUCUUCUCUGGUUACAAAUCAGUCAUGCAUGGAUGUUUUAUUUUUUCUGAAAUCUCCAAGCACUUUAAGCAAAGGUUUUUAUUAGCCCACUUGAGUAGUGUGUUCAUGGGAGUAUACUUCCAUUGCGAAAGAAGUAUUGGUUUACUUGUAUCCAGAAGUUUUAGUUACUCUUGCCUGUACUGUAUUCUAGGUCUGUACUAGCAUUAUAAUUUUCCAUCUUUCUCCUGUCCUUUGAGUACCUUAUUUUUUCUUUUAGAAAUUUGGUCUGUCUUUAAUGGACUGAGAGGAAUCUUUUCCUUUCUUUCUCCGGGUUCUGAUUUUUUUUAAAGAUCUAUUAACAAUUUGUGCUUACUGUUGUUAGUAUUCUUGUGUGCUUGGCUUUAUCAGGCAUCCUACAAUGUAAUGUUGGUUAGAUGGGAAUUAGAGGUGCUUGGAGGUUGGCUAUGUCUGCCAACAGGCAGGAGGCCCCAAACUAACGUUUCCCAGUUCCAUUAAAGGUUUCUAGAGCAUAACUACUCUUCCUGUUUCAUCUUCCCCCUCCAUACCCUCUUUGCUAACAUUCUCAGUAGAUCUUAAUAAGCAGAUGUCUGGAAUUACAGCAGAUUUUACCUCAAACAGUAUUUUCAGAUUUAGAAUUUCUGUAUCAUUUUUAGGUGUUAUGAAAUCCAAUCUAGGUGUAAUGGAGUAAGAGAGUAAAUAUUUCUUUUUCCUAAAUACUAUUUGAAAAGAAGUCUGAAAAUAGUGUGUUCCUCCACCCCCCCACCCAUGCCCAUCCUGCCAGUUUAGGAGCACUUUUGAUUCUGUUUUUUCUUUUUAUUUUUUUUUUUGAGAUGGAGUUUCACUCUUGUUGCCCAGACUGGAGUGCAAUGACACAAUCUCAGCUCACCGCAACCUCUGCCUCCUGGGUUCAAGCGAUUCUCCCGCCUCAGCCUCCCGAGUAGCCGGGAUUAUAGAACCACAAUGGACACUGCCAGCCAUAGCCUUGUUCUUCUCCAGCAGCUGAACAUGCAGCGAGAAUUUGGUUUUCUGUGUGAUUGCACAGUUGCAAUUGGAGAUGUUUACUUCAAAGCCCACAGAGCGGUGCUUGCUGCUUUUUCUAACUAUUUCAAGAUGAUAUUUAUUCACCAAACAAGUGAAUGCAUAAAAAUACAACCAACUGACAUCCAACCUGACAUAUUCAGCUAUUUGUUGCACAUUAUGUACACGGGGAAAGGGCCAAAACAGAUUGUGGAUCAUAGUCGUUUGGAGGAAGGGAUUCGAUUUCUUCACGCCGACUACCUUUCUCACAUUGCAACUGAAAUGAAUCAAGUGUUCUCACCAGAGACUGUGCAGUCCUCAAAUUUAUAUGGCAUUCAGAUCUCAACAACCCAAAAAACAGUUGUCAAACAAGGACUGGAGGUCAAAGAAGCUCCUUCCAGUAACAGUGGAAACAGAGCUGCUGUCCAGGGUGACCACCCCCAGUUGCAGUUGUCUCUUGCUAUUGGUCUGGAUGAUGGCACUGCAGACCAGCAGAGGGCCUGUCCUGCCACCCAGGCCCUGGAGGAGCACCAGAAGCCCCCAGUUUCCAUCAAGCAGGAGAGAUGUGACCCAGAAUCUGUGAUCUCCCAGAGCCACCCCUCACCCUCAUCAGAGGUGACAGGCCCCACUUUUACUGAAAACAGUAUCAAAAUACACUUAUGCCAUUACUGUGGGGAACGUUUUGAUUCCCGUAGUAACCUAAGGCAACAUCUCCAUACACAUGUGUCUGGAUCCCUGCCAUUCGGUGUCCCUGCUUCCAUUCUGGAAAGUAAUGACCUUGGUGAAGUGCAUCCCCUUAAUGAAAACAGCGAGGCCCUUGAAUGCCGCAGGCUCAGCUCCUUCAUUGUUAAGGAGAAUGAACAGCAGCCCGACCACACCAACCGGGGUACCACAGAGCCUUUGCAGAUCAGUCAAGUAUCUUUGAUCUCCAAAGACACAGAGCCAGUAGAAUUAAACUGUAAUUUUUCUUUUUCAAGGAAAAGAAAAAUGAGCUGUACCAUCUGUGGUCAUAAAUUCCCUCGAAAGAGCCAAUUGUUGGAACACAUGUAUACACACAAAGGUAAAUCUUACAGAUAUAACCGAUGCCAAAGGUUUGGUAAUGCAUUGGCCCAGAGAUUUCAGCCAUACUGUGACAGCUGGUCUGAUGUCUCCCUGAAAAGUUCUCGCUUGUCACAAGAACACUUAGACUUGCCUUGUGCCUUAGAGUCAGAGCUCACACAAGAAAAUGUGGAUACUAUCCUAGUUGAGUAGCAGCUUCUCUUUCAGAAUUUUUAUACCAAUUCUGAAAAAGAAAAUUUGCGUGGCAUUUUUUAUUCAUAAAUUAUUUUUCUCCUCAAGUUUCAUUGACUUUUUUUCUUCACAGCUUAUCCAUGGUUUUAAGGUUGUAUAUAUUAGAUCUUCUCAUAAGACGUAUUAAUAUGUGGCUAUUAAAAUGUAACAUUCAAUUACUACUGUGAACUUUUCACAAACGAAAUAACAAUUUAGAAAUCAGAAAUCAAUGUAGAAAUAUGGAAACUUUAAAUAGUUAUUUAUAGAAUUUCUAAGUUUUUCCAGUUAUAGAAUCAGUAAAAUCAAAUUGAAUAUAAAGUAAAUGAAAUCUGUUUUAAAGCAUAUUCUAAACUAUCACUUCUGCCUACAUUUCACAUGAAUUCACUCCUACCAGGAUUAUUUUUAAAUAUUUUCUUCCAUAUAGGAAAUUAAUAGUUAUUUUAAUGCAUAACUGUGUUAUACAUAUGUUAUAAUGUAUAAAAAUUUAUUUUAAGAUAUACCAAAUCAUGAGUAGUUUUAUUUUUUAACUACUAGCUCCACAACAUCUUACCUACAUGGCUUCUCUUUACUUUUUAACAUUGAGUAUACCUCUUUUUUUUUUUUUGAGACAGAGUCUUUCUGUGUCGCCCAGGCUGGAGCGCAGUGGCGCGAUCUCGGCUCACUGCAAGCUCCGCCUCCCGGGUUCACGCCAUUCUCCUGCCUCAGCCUCCUGAGCAGCUGGGACUACAGGCGCCCGCCACCACGCCCGGCUAAUUUUUUUGUAUUUUUUUAGUAGAGACGGGGUUUCACCGUGUUAGCCAGGAUGGUCUCGAUCUCCUGACCUCGUCAUCUGCCCGCCUUGGCCUCCCAAAGUGCUGGGAUUACAGAUGUGGUAUAUCUCAUUUUUAAUAAAAAAAACAGUUAAAGAGAGAAGAGUCAGAGAGACAUUAAAAAAUAUUUAAGAAACAGUAAGAUAUACACACAUAGAUAAAUAAGCAUGCAGAGACAGAGACUGAGCUAGAACUGCAUUGACUAAAAACCCCAGGGUUGUUAACUUGGUCUAGAGUGUUUUCUUAGACACCUUAAAAAGUAAUUUGAGAUUUUUAUGACCAGAGGUUUACAUGAGUUGAAAGAGAAUGAUGAUAAAAUAUAAAUCAUGUUUCUACCCUCAGCGUCAGGAUUUUUGGGGCUUCCUGGGUUGAUUUUAAUUUUCUAAAAAUCACUGAAAAAGUAAUUUUUCAGUGGCACAGUUUUCACUUUUUUCCUGAUCCAUAAAACCAGCAAAGUGGAUACAUGCAGUGUUCUAUAACUACAUUUAAGAUCCAUGAUGUUAGCUUUCCCUCUAUAAAUCAACUUAACUCUCUUUUAUAAUGGUGACACUUACAAAGCUAAAACCCCAGGAAAAUUAAAGUUGAUGGAAUAAAUAACAGAUUCCCCAGCUCUAUAUACCUGGGAAAUAGCUGGUUAAGCUUCACCACAAAGGAUAGAUCUAAAUUGUUUCUGAAAUGUUUAAAUUUCAAACCCCGCAUAGUCAAGGAUAAUAAAACAGACUCAUCUUUUUUUGCCCUCUUGUUAAAUUCUAAGCUUCACAGGCAUUUGAAUACAUCUAAAAAAUUUGGUUUGUGAGCCUUAGAAUUUAACCACUUACAAAACUCUUGAGCUCCCUCAACUUCUGAGGACGUUUCCUGACACAUUCAACAGCAUCAGCGUCCAAUCAGGAGGGAGCUCAAAGAGUAAUCCAGCUAAUUCUAAGGACACAAAGGUUUUCUCUAGGUAAACAGUUUAGGUAAAUUACAAAGUGGUAAGUUUUUCUUGAGGAUUGAAUGAAGAAAGCUACUGGAUAUUGUGUAAGGCAGUUGAGUUUCUGCCUUAAACAAGUGAGUAAAGGCUCCUAUGGUUAAGACUGAUGUGUGUUGAGAGCACAUCUAACUUGAUAAGAUCAAUUGUAUUGGGAGUAAUUAAAACAAAUGUAUGUUCUUUGGGGUCAGAACUUCGUCUAAUCUUAAACUUUUUUCUACCAAUUCACUUAAGCAACUAUUGAAAUUUGUACUGCCCUCAAAAAUGUCAUCUCAUUGGAAGAACACAAGUAUUAACAUUGAUUUUUUGUAUUUUAGGCUAGUUAAGAUAUAUUUCCUAGCCUUCUUCAAUUCAAAUUCUAUUGUUCUUAUUAAGAUAAUUUUUCUCCUCUAUAUUCUUCCCUGUUUGCCUACUCAUUAUUAUUAUUUUUUAAUUUAAUUUUUUUUUAAGAUGGAGUUUCAACCCUGUUGCCCAGGCUGGAGUGCAAUGGCAUGAUCUCGGCUCACUGCAACCUCUGCCGCCUGGGUUCAAGCGAUUCUCCUGCCUUAGCCUCCCAAGUAGCUUGGGAUUACAGGCAUGCACCACCACACCCAGCUAAUUUUGUGUUUUUAGCAGAGACAGGGUUUCACCAUCUUGGUCAGGCCGGUCUGGAACUCCUGACCUCAGGUGAUCCACCAGCCUCGGUCUCCCAAAGUGCUGGAAUUACAGGUGUGAGCCACCGUGCCAGGCCCACUCAUUAUUCUUUGACACAGGAAAUCCUUGUAUAUAGCUAAAGGGUGGAGGUAGAGUUGUACAUGGUUGGUUGGAUAAGACAGCAAGUGCCUCAGGGCAGAGUUUGGAUAAAUGGUAAGAGUUUGCUAGCAGCUGAUUGGCCGCGAUAGACAACACUGAUUUAAAGCAGAAAUAUAUCUGUUCGUUGAGAGUUAAGAAAAUAGUGGUUAACUGUAUUUCUAUUCUUAUAGUUCCUUUUAAUAUUAGAAAUUCAAAGCAAAUGCUCUUUCCUUGUUCCUCAAAACAUUCUUUCUGUUUAGGAAGGGGGAAAAUAUCAACUUCAUUUUAUAGAAAAAAAAUCCCAAAAGCUGAAUUCCAGAGAUGCAGUGAAUAGUGGUGUGGGACUGACCCCCAGUUUUUGUUAUUGUUGUUUUCAUUUAUUCUGCAGGCUUUUUUUUUUUUUUUUUUGGAGACAGUCGUGCUGUGUCGCCAGGCUGGAGUGCAGUGGUGCAAUCUCAGCUCACUGCAACCUCCGCCUCCCGAAUUCAAGUGAUUCUCCUGCCUCAGCCUCCUGAGCAUGUGCCACCAUGCCCAGCUAAUUUUUGUAUUUUUAGUAGAGACAGGGUUUCACCAUGUUGGCCAGGAUGGUCUCGAGCUCCAGACCUCAUGAUCUGCCUGCCUCAGAUUACAGGCAUGAGCCACCGCGCCCGGGUCUGCAGGCAUUUUUUAAAGUAACUGUCAUAUGCCUAACACUGUGCCCUGAGUAUUAUUUUUUAAAGACAUGAUUGCUCACUGAGAAAAUUUGCUUUGUAUUUUAAAAGUUCUUCCGGCUAGGCCAGGCGUGGUGGCUCAUGCUUGUAAUCCCAGCACUUUGGGAGGCCGAGGUGGGCGGGUCACGAGGUUAGAAGAUUGAGACCAUCCUGGCUAACACAGUGAAACCCCGUCUCUACUAAAAGUACAAAAAAUUAGCCGGGUGUGGUGGCACACACCUGUAAUCCCAGCUACUCGAGAGGCUGAGGCAGUGGAAUAGCUUGAACCCAGGAGGCAGAGGUUGCAGUGAGCGGAGAUUGCACCACUGCACUCCAGCCUGGGUGACAGAGCGAGACUCCAUCUCAAAAAAAAAAAAGUUCUUCCAGCUAAAACCUUUGUUUUUGACUACAUUUCCACAAAAUGGAGCUAUACUGUUAGCCAGUAUCCUAAUAAUAUAGUGCAGUUUGCAUAAUGAUUACCAAGCUUGAAACUGGAAAUGUCAUAUGCACUUUCGUGUGUAUCAGGCAGAUACUAAACAUUUUCCCCUUGAGUCAGCUUAAAAUUUUUCCUUCUUUCAAAAUCUCACGCAGUUGUUUUCUGGAGAAAAAUAGAGACUGUUUUAGUAUUUGUUCUUAUUAGCGUUAUCAUCAGAACUCAGCACAGUCUGCCUUAUAAGAAAACAAAAUUUUUUUUUAUUUAUAACUCUUGAGAUUGUUACUUCUUGCUCUUUCUGAUUUCCCAUCCGUAAAGUGGGUGUAAGCAAUACCUACCUCACAGGGGUGUUGUGAGGAUUUAUAUUAAACGUGUUAAGUUCUCUCAGUAUUAUUGAUUAAAAUCAACCAUAUAAACGACAUUUAUUCUGUAGCUAGACCUAUUAACUUUAGUAUUUCAGCCUAUAAAUUCUAAAAUGUUCUUAAAAGCAGUAAUGUACUAUCUAAUAUUCAAUAACUAAUUGACAGAACUGAUUGUUAUUUUUUACAAAUAACUAGAAACAAUACUGUUGCUAGAAUUCCUGUUCUACUGUAAUUUAAUCAUCACUGUUUCUUUUUAGCCUUCAGUAAGGAGGAUACUAGUUCUUUGGCAUUAUUGGGAAUAAAACUUUGUCAAUUUCAGCUUUAUUGAAAGUUCUCCCAAAUAUAUUGUUUUUGUUUACACAAAGGAAAAGGAACAAAAACAAUAAAGAAAUACCUUUGUUUUUUUUUCUUUUUUGAGACGGAGUCUCGCUCUGUUGCCCAGGCUGGAGUGCAGUGGUGCGAUCUCGGCUCACUGCAACCUCCGCCUCCCAGGUUCAAGCGAUUCUUCUUCCUCAGCCUCCCGAGUAGCUGGAACUAUAGGCACGCACCACCACACCCAGCUAAUUUUUGUAUUUUUAGUAGAGAUGGGGUUUCAUCAUGUUGGCCAGGCUGGUUUCGAACUCCUGACCUCGUGAUCUGACUACCUCAGCCUCCCAAAGUGCUGGGAUUACAGGUAUGGGCCACUGGGCCCAGCCUAUUUUUUUUUCUUUGAUGUAGGUGAUCUAAAUAGUAGAUGAGGACAGGAAAUGGGGUGAAGGUAAUAAUAGUAUUAUUAGAAAAGUCUUCACUGAAAAUUGAAGGAAAUACAUAUUAAUCGUGGAAAAAGAUAGUGUGAAAAAUGUGUAAUUUCGUUAACAUUUAUUUGUACAGGCACAUUCUUGAUGUUGUGAGUCAGAUACUUGAUAAGUGUCCAUUUUUUGUAGUAAUUGAUGUAAAAAUGGGCCAUGUGAAGAAUUUUCAUAAUGUAAUUUGUGUCUUUAUAUGUUUUGAACUACAUAUAGAUUUGUGGCACUUAAAUUAUUAAUUUUUGAUUUCUUAAGAGUGAAGUCUGUAAAUGAUUUCUCUCUGCUGUACUUCUGUGUUUGUAUGGUUGGACAUUUUGAAAACUGGUGAGAUUGCACAGUCCCAAACCUCGAUGUCUUAAAUACAAGGAAUUACAAACUGUGAUUUUUGUCUUGAAGACCUGGAAGAAUUCAUUGUGCUUCAGUAUGUAUUUGUACCGCACUUGAUUAAUUAGUUAAGUAUUGGUCUGGUGCAAUUGACAUUAACUGUCAUCAACUCCUCUAUUUUGUGCUAAAUAAAGUCAUUUAGUCAGAAUGGAUCAAAUAUAAAUUAUACUUUAAAAUAAACUUAGAUUAUAAAAACUUGUUCAAUAAAAAAGACCCACUGAAAAAUCUUCAAAGUACAUGUAACACAUAGCUAAUACAGGAGACCAAAAUCAAUAAUACAUUGUGUGGCUAAACUCAUCCACCUAAUGUACUGUGAAUUUGCUUCAGAAACAUUCUUUUAGAAAGUUGUGUAUCUGCCGGGCAUGGUGGCUAAUGCCUGUAAUCCCAGCACUUUGGGAGGCCAAGGCCCAGGAGUCCAAGACCAGCCUGGGCAAUAUAGUGAGACCUCAUCUCUGCCAAAAAUUUUGGCCAGGGGCAGUGGCUCACGCCUGUAAUCCCAGCACUUUGGGAGGUCGAGGUGGGCGGAUCACCAGAGGUCAGGAGUUCAAGAUCAGCCUGGCUAACAUGGCGAAACCCUGUCUCUACUAAAAAUACAAAAAUAAGCCAGGUGUGGUGGUGCGCGUCUGUAGUCCCAGCUACUUGGGAGGCUGAGACAGGAGAAUCAUUUGAACCCGGGAGGUGGAGGUUGCAGUGAGCCGAGAUCGCGCCAUUGCACUCCAGCCUGGGUGACAGAGUGAGACUCCGUCUCAAAAAAAAAAAAAAAAAAAAAAAGGCAGGGUGUGGUGGCUCACGUCUGUAAUCCCAGCACUUUGGGAGGCCAAGGGGGGCGGAUCGUGAGGUCAGGAGAUCGAGACCAUCCUUGACAACAUGGUGAAACCCUGUCUCUAGUAAAACACAAAAAAUUAGCUGGGUGUGGUGGCACGUGCCUGCAGUCCCAGCUACUAGGGGGGCUGAGGCAGGGGAAUUGCUUGAACCCGGGAGGCGGAGGUUGCAGUGAGCCAAGAUUGCGCCACUGCACUCCAGCCUGGUGACAGAGCAAGAAACAAUGAAUUUCAUAUAUUUUAUCAAGACAAAUUAAUGUGACUUAAUCAAAAACAAGUUUAUUAGCUUAGCUUAUAGAAUGUGUUCUUAUUUUACAUCAGUGUUUGCCAAAUGUUGUGUUCCUAGUGUUGAGGCAAGUAGUCUUUGUACUGGGUAACAUUUUGGAGGUGUGAUGCAAAAAUGCAUUUGUGGGCCUAAUUCUUACCAACCAUAAUCUGUGUUAAUAGAAAAUUGACGUCCUAAUCAAAUGCUUUCCAACUGCUGUCUCUGGAAAGAAAGGUAGUAUUUCGUCAUUUCCCAGAAGUUUCUUGCUUUGCUUCUUUUUUUUUUUUGAGAUGGAGUCUUGCUCUGUUGCCCAGGCUGGAGUACAGUGGAGUGAUCUCAGCUCACUGCAACCUCCACAUCCCAGGUUCAAGCUAUUCUCCUGCCUCAGCCUCCCGAGUAGCUGAGAUUACAGGUUCCCGCCACUACACUCGGCUAAUUUUUUGUAUUUUUAGUAGAGACGGAGUUUCAUCAUGUUGGCCAGGCUGGUCUCGAACUCCUGACCUUGUGAUUCACCUGCCUCAGCCUCCCAAAGUGCUGGGAUUACAGGCGUGAGCCACCAUGCCCAGCUGCUUCUUUCUUCUCUAUUUACAGUCUACUGUAUCGCCUUUUGCCCCCAGUAACAUGAUCCACAAUAGUAGUUCUCAACUGAGGUAUAUUAGGAUUCUGCAGAAAAAGAAAGAAACAACAGGUAGAACUGAGAGAGAGAAAGAGAUUGAUUGAUUAUAAGGAAUAGGUUCAUGGAAUUAUGGAGGCUGAGAAGUCCCAAGAUCUGCAGUUGGGAGGCUGAGAGGCUGGGGAGUCAGUGAUGUUCCAGUCUGAAUUUGAAGACCUGAGAAGCAGGAGAGCUUAUGGCAUAAGUUCCAGUCCAAAAGCUGGCAGGCUUGAAACUCAAGAAGAGCUGAUGUUUCCAUUUGGGUCCAAAGGGAGGAAAAGACUGAUAAUUGCAGCUCAAGCAGUCAGGCCAGAGAAAGUCUCUUUUUUUAUUCUAUUCUGGCCUUCAACUGAUGGAAUGAGAGCCACCCACAUCAGGGAGGGUGAUCUUCUUUACUCAGUCUACUGAUUCAGAUUUUGUCUCCCUCCAGAACACCCUCACGGACACACCCAGAAUAAUGUUUGACUAACUAUUGGGGCACCCCAUGGCCCAGUCAUUUGGACACAUAAAAUUAAACAUUACACAGGGCUAUCCCCCCGCCCAUAGAGACAUUUGACAAUGUGGAGAUGUUUUUGGUUGUCACAGUUGGGUGGGCGAUGAGGGAGGCUGCUGCUGGCAUCUAGUAGGUGGAGUCCAGGGAUGCUGCUAAACAUCUCAGUGCAGAGGACAGCCUCCCGCAAUACAGAAUAUGUACCUCAAAAUGUCAUUAGAGCUGAGGUUGACCAACCCUUCUAAGACCUUAAAGUAAGUUUUGUAAUGGUUGUCAGGAAUAAAAGAAUACAAAGAAACCCAAUUUGGGGGAUUUCUAUUCUAGUCAUGUUUAGAGCAAGUAUUGGAGUAUGAGAUGUGUUCAGAAUUAAAUUCUAUUUGUAUUAUCCUUGAUCCCAGCUUUUAAAAGAUAAAAAUGUGAUUAUUAAAAAUAAAAGGAAAAAAUGUGAUUAUUAAAAAUCAGAGAUGUAUUAAUCAGCAAGACAGUUUUGAAUCUAUUCAUAUAAUGUUUGAACUAAAUAAUUGUCUCCCCAAAGAGGUCUCUUCAUGAAAUUGAGAUUGUAGGUUAUAAUUUCUGUGAAUUUUUAAUCUGGCCAAAAGGUGGCACCAGUGUACCUUUAAAAAAAUGUUCAUUAUACUUGAAUUCAGCAUUACUAUUAAUAGUAAAUAUUAUUUAGGGCUUAGCUACUUUUGGAUCAUGCUUUAUAGAGUCAAGACUAAUGAGAAUUUUCUUAAAAUUUCAUAAGGUACUGCAAUAUCUUGACAUCCGUCUUUAAUCAAGAUGCUUCUGAUUUACAUAUACAUAUCUCAGCAGAUAACUUUUUUAAAUAUCACAUUAUUGUGCUACAUUGAGCAUUUCUGAAGAUUUUUCCAAGUCAUUAACUGUGAGGCCUUGGAAUUUGGGCUCUUUUAAUCAGGCAUCACACUCAGUUUUUGGUGUUCUGCCUGGUCAAGACAUAGAUUGAAGGACAUUUGAGUAAAUACGCUCCCUUGCUCCUUUCUUGCCUUUUGUUCAUUUUUUGUACAUCCACAAUCUAUGAGGUAUGUUACCUACUGAAAUUUACUUUCUUUUCCAACUGUGGUUCAACAACUGACUUUCUUCUCUCAUCCAACCCAUUCCAUUCUGAAUAAGUUAAGAGUUUUCUUGCCUUCAGCUCUUCUCACCUUCCAAUACUAAGUGAAUACAGCCUGCCUCCCCCUUCAUUUCUGAUUACAAUAUUAUUCUCAUCAUCCUAGGACUUUGUACCUAAUCACCAGUUGCUUCUCCUAAGUUUAUUUUACAGCUGAUAAGCCAACUUGGAAAAUGAGCCCACUCUCCCUCAGAUACAUUCUCUUCCACUGUUUAUAAAAGUUUGAAACGUUUUUCAUUGAAACAAUUUGGUGAUAUUGUAUCAAAAUAAUAAAGUAUUAAGCUACUGGAA